CGCUCGCGCUUACGUACGAAUGGAAAAAUUUUCUUCGCACACGCGUGAAUAAUUUUUCAGCCAAGUGCAUUCCGUCGUGUUAGCCAAGUUGCAAAAGUCUGUCGUGAAAGGAAGGGAAAAUCGAUUUUUCUUCACAAUCCGCAGCAGUAAUCAGUUUGAUUACUCAUCCAGCCGCGAGUGAUUAGUGACGUAAAGAUUGAAAAUUGCUUAAUAUUACCAGUGCUUGCGUUUGGUAGUGAAAUCUUUUGCUGAAGAAUCAUCAGCACAAGAAGCACAGACUAUCGAUCGGUUGAUAAGUGACUUCCCAGCCGUAGCAGCAGGAGUGAGUAAGCAGCAGCAGCUGGACAAGCACAUCAUGCACGGUGCUUUAUUUCACAACAUUGCUGCUAGCGAAAUUGAUGCUCAAGUGGAUAAAAACGAAAAUUGUUUGUACAAAACUACUGCUAUAGGCACAGAUACUUUUAUUCCGUAUGAAGCGAUCUGUCUCGUAACAGGUUUGCCCGUCGUACAACAGCCUCAGGGGAGAAGAUCCUGAUUCUUGUCGGCGUCUACGUGAGCGCAAGUGUGAAACAGCGGGCCAGACAGUGAUUGCAAUUUUUGACUUUGCUGCUGAUUAUAAAUUAAAAGUGUGGGAGAACAAUUUCGAAACGGCUUACGUCUUAAAACUUGUUAAGUCAAAAUAGACGAAGAAAAAAAAAUACCUACACGCUAGUAGUGAAAGGUGCUCAUAGAAGCUGGUUUUAAAUUUAGAGAAGCAAAUAAGAAAACGGUAAGGUUUUCUGUUGAGUUGCAGUUGAUCAGUUGCAGCCUGAAGUCGUUCCCGUCGAGUGGCAGAGGAAAGUACAGCAGCAAGAUGCCGCGGAACCGAAAGAAACAUCUAGCCAAUGGCAACUCACACCACAACGCCGAAUCCGACGACGAACUGUCCAACGAUGCCGGCAGCGUGUACUCGUACCAGUCGGAGAACGCAAAUGAUGCCUACAAUAACAACAACGAUGGCGGCGAUGGCGGCGGCCAGCAGCAGGAUCAGUACGAGGAGCGGUUGAAGUACGAGGAAAAGUUGCUGCAAGCGAUCGAGAACGUAUCGGACAAAUCGCUCCAGACGCGCAUCAGCGCGUUCCAGCUGAUCAACGAAACGCUCGUCCACCAUUACAUACCGGAGUUCAUCGACGAUCGCAAGAUGACGCUGAUGGAUGCGAUCGAAAAGUCGAUCAAGAAGGGCAAAGGCUCCGAGCAGUCCUGGGCGGCUCGGAUUAUUCCGCUGCUGGUGAUUCAACUGGACGGCGCUGACGAUAUAAACGAACUGAUCAAAGUGCUGAAACCGGUGCUGGUGGCGACCGCGCUGGACACGGCCGCUUCCUACGAUGCCCGGGCCAAGUGCUGCAUGGCACUCGGAUUGAUGAACUUUCUCGCUUCCGACGAUCCGGGAGAUCUACUGCCACUGAUGAAAAACUUCGAAACCAUCUUCUCCGGAAGUUAUCUGAAAGGCGACAGCAGUCCAAGCACGGCCGGAAUCGACGCUGCCACGCUGCACAGUUCCGCACUCAGCGCUUGGGCCCUGCUACUUACGCAAAUUCCUUCCGGUGAUCUCGUAUCCAUGGUCAACAGCGGAAACGCGCUGAUCCCUUCAAUCAAAAAACUAACCGGAAUGCUUCAAAGUCCCCAUUUGGAGGUCCGCAUGGCAGCCGGAGAAACGUUGGCCCUCAUCCUGGAAAGCGGCCGUUCUCACGAUGAAGAUUUCCUGACCGAAGAGCUGAACGAUCUGAUCGAAGCCACCCAAAAGCUAGCUACCGACGCUCACAAGUAUCGCGCCAAGCGGGACCGCAAGGUCCAGCGGGCUACCUUCCGCGACGUUCACCGCUACCUGGAGGAGGACAUCCUGCCGGAAAUCUCCAUCAAAUUCGGCAAGGAAACGCUCCUGCUGGACACCUGGUCGCUGCACCAUCAGUACAUCUGCUUGCGAAACGCGCUCGGUUUCGGCAUGAACGUUCACCUGUCGGAGAACGCUUUCCUACGCGACGUGCUCCAGCUCGGGGCCAAGAUGGACGAACAGGAACGCAACUGCAAGAUGGCUAAGGCCGAGAAGAAGUUCAUCAAUGCGGCCGCCUUCAAGGCACGGUCGAUUACGCGCGGUAAGAACCGCGACAAACGGUCCGCCGUUAUCAACUAGGGUGUAUCCGAGACGGGGGAUCCGAGGAAGGCUGCCCUGUGGCUGUAAAUAGGUGUGAUUUAUUUUUUUUUAAACUUCGUUAAUUUCUUCACUUGUUAGUUUAGGUUAUCCAAAUUUUACGUAUUUGUAUAUUUGGUGCUUACUUAAAUUCGUUAGUGGUGUUUGUUGUAGUUUGCUUCACGAAUCAGAACCCGCAGAUUUCCGGAACUGUUGAGUAACAAAACAAAAAACAAUUCGCAAAAUUGGUCACUUUUUAAGAAUCGAAAUUUAUGGUAAAACAAAACUUAUGUCGAAACGGUUAGUUUUAACGCUGGAUAAAAAGCUGCUUGGGGCCCGUUUGGUCUUCAACGGGCGGCAGAUUUUAGAUAAUGAAUAAAUUGUGUGAAACGCCACAACUGUGUGGGCAAGGUAACUAGGAAGGAGGAGAACAUGUAGAUGUCACUCGAUGGCCAAGUUUGCCAAGUUUAUUAGAAACACCCGUAACCGAUCUAGCAAAUAUCCAAUUGCAUGUAGGGGAGAAUUUCUAUGUAAUACCUACUAUUACCUACUACUACCUAUUAUAGCUCAACCCAAUUAGUGUGAGUAAUAAACAAUUCAAAUAAAGUAAUCCGUGUAUCGCAAUCCGA